AUGGGAGGUGCAGUGAGUUGUGGGCAAAACUUCAAAGAAAAGCUCGAUUCGGAUGACUCAAUUCAGAUCUUAAACUUUGGCAUAAGUACAUGGGUGAUUCACCUUACAGCUGAUCCUGUUCUCCUGUUCUGUGCUCAUCAUCAGUUGCUGGAGACGCUACUUUCUUGCGAAGCUCGGAGCCUUUUGGGGACUUUCCGUGUGUUGGUUGCAUCUAUCUCAGACAAGGUCUUACUGUGGCUAAGUUUAUUCUGGACUGCAAAUCUCAAUUCAGAUGAAGAAAAUUCAUGUAGAUCUGAUUCUUGUAAACAAUCGAUGAUACAGUUUGACGUGUAAUAUUGGGAUGUGGUCUGGCAGAUCUGGAGGGUAAGUUAUGUGUAAAGAUGUAAAAAGACAUAUCCGGACAAAGAGGGGGUCCCUAAUUUCAGGGGGUCUGAGUCCGAAAUGAUCUUUUGUCAUCAGACCUUUGCCAUGACAGGUGCGCUUGCAUGGCAGGUCACCCAAAAUGUUAAUAAAAAUAUGAGAUUUUUUGGUUUUGGGGGCGAGAUCGCACGGGGUUUUGCCCGGGUUCUCCCCCCAUGGUGUGGUGUUUCGUGUGUUGCUUGUGCCUUUAUUAUGCUCGACCAAAUACCCCAAUCGAAGCAAUCCCGGGCAUUCAUCAGCUAAAUGAUUCUAAGCUCCCGAACCUGCAGAGAUGGCUGUUGGUUUUUCAUAUGUUGGAGAUCAAUGGUUCGGCAGCUGGGUAGAUGGCAUCACGAAGAAUGGGGAGAGGUUGAUGGUGUUUUUACAUUUGUGGGAGACGGAAAGUUGCAAUAAAAUUGACGACCAUCCUGAUUGUGCGGUGAAGCAGGCAGAGGCUCGGAGUCUGCAAAGGCUUGUUCUUUAUGACUGAACGAGCAUCAGAGUUCGUGUCCAAGUGUUAGGUGCUGCUUAUUGCUGCUUUUAUUCGUGGUCCGAGGGC